AUGCCUCUGGACCUGAGGCAGUUUAUAUCCAUUAUAAAAGGCAGCCCAGCUCCUUGCUCACUCAUCCACCACUCCUCCCAUGUUCUACUUCAUCUCUGCUCUCUCACUCAGGUACAACUCAAGCCUCAAAACAUGUCCUGCUGUGACCAAUGCCAGCCCUGUGGCCCCACCCCUCUGGCCAGCAGCUGCAAUGAGCCCUGUGUCAGGCAGUGCCAGCCCUCCACCAUUGUCAUCCAGCCCUCUCCCGUGGUGGUGACCCUGCCCGGACCCAUCCUCAGCUCCUUCCCGCAGAACACCGCCGUCGGAUCCUCCACCUCUGCUGCUGUUGGCAGCAUCCUCAGCUGUCAGGGCGUGCCCAUCACCUCGGGGGGCUUUGACCUCUCCUGCAUUUCCAACCGCUACUGUGGCAGAAGGUGCACCCCCUGCUAA